CUCAAACACACUGCAUGUUUGCGACGUGGAACACCAUGCAAACUGCAACUGAUCUCUUCACUUUCUCUUUUUUUUUUUCCUUGGCAAGCCAAGAAAAAAAAAGAAACACAAAACAACAAACCGCCCAUCUUGUAGUUUUUCAAACUUUUGGAAUGGAUGGUUGAGUUUAAAAACCGAAUCACAUUGUUCUUGCUUCCUAUUUUCCUCUUCCCUGCUUAAGCGCAAUUUCUAAAGAGUUCCUUCGUCAUCUCUCAAGUAGUUGAAAGAAUCAAUAUGGCUUGUCUUAGGGUUGGGUUCGCCAUUUAUUUGUCUUUGUUCGUCAUUCUUCUGUUCUCAGUUCCAGCGUUAUGUGACGAUGAAGAAGACCAUCUCAUGCAAGGUCUGAACAGCUACCGGCAAUCCCACAACGCCCAGAUCCUUCAAAAGAACGACAAAGCCGACUGCCUCGCCGACGAAAUCGCUGACGAGAUCGAGGACAAACCGUGCCCGGCAACCGGCUACUUGGCCUCGAAACCGGGACCACCCACGGUGGUCAACAACUACCCGGACUUACUCAAGAAGUGCAAAAUCGACCCCAACACGACCCAGGAAGCCGUCAUCUUGCCCGUUUGCGUGUCCAAACGGGUAGCCACCCUGGUCCUGACGAACUAUACCCAGACCCCGAACUCCGGGUUCCUCAACAAUACGAGGUUCACCGGCGCUGGAAUUGGAACCGAAGACGACUGGACGGUGCUCGUGUUGACCACCAAUACCGUCGGUGGAAGCCUGGCGAAUGAGGGGUGUUUUGGUAUUGUGUUGAGUUUGAGGCACCUUGGAUUGGGUUUGAUUGUGGGAUUUUUCCUCCUAUUUGGUGUUCUGUAGUUAGUGUUGUUCUUUUCUUUUUCUUUUUUUCUUUUUUUCUGAGAUGAUUAAAUUAGUUAAUUAGGAUCCUAUUGUGAUCUCGUGUAGGUUUACUUAUAUUGUUGUGAUGUA